GGUCUCCUUCUCCUUUUUUCCAGUCCAAUCUUCGUUUGCACUUGUAUGCAAGCUCCACCAGUUAAAUUCAAAAGGAAAAAAAUUAAGAAAAAAUUAAGAAAAAAAUGUCAUGAAAAAUUAUUUAUUUGACCCCGGAAAAAUGAUGAAUGAUUAUAAUAUAUUUAUGUGACCAUUCCAGUCUCCUAGCAAAUUCCCACUAUACAUCAAAAUUCCAUCGUUCACACCACCUGUUAUGAUCAGGGGUUCUUGACUCUCGGACCAUUUGGAGAGUUUUGAUGGAAUUUGGUGGUAUCACAGGGAUCAAAGUUAUGACACCUAUUACUUUGUGGUUGGAUUAACAAUUCUAUGUUCCAAUCAACAUCUUCAGUAGAUUCUUAUACUCGGGUUUUUUCUUUUGGAUAAUGACUGCUGUAUUCAUGGGGCCGACAUUUGGUUUUAGAGUUCACUCAACUUUUAUUAGAAUUUUUCUUUUGUUGAUUUUGAGAGGAUAUCUUACCUACUCGACUCAAAGUGAUAUUAACUGCCUCAGAGCUAUAAAAGAUUCUUUGGAAGACCCAGAUGGCUACCUCACGACAUGGAACUUCGAUAACAAGACUGAAGGUUUUAUAUGUAAGUUUAUUGGAAUCGAUUGUUGGCAUCCGGAUGAGAACAGGGUCUUGAAUAUUCGGCUUGGGGAUAUGGGACUAAAGGGUAAGUUUCCUCUUGGUGUUGCUGGUUGUUCAUCCUUGACAGGCUUAGAUCUUUCUAGUAACAAGAUUUAUGGAAGUAUUCCAACUAAUAUCUCUAAGUUACUUGUAUACGUGACAAGCCUUGAUCUCUCAUCCAACCAAUUAUCCGGACAGAUCCCCAUGAAUCUUACAAAUUGCACUUAUUUGAAUGUCCUUAAACUUAACAACAACCAGUUGUCGGGCCAAAUCCCUGCUCAGUUUGGUCAACUCGAUCGAUUGAAGGAAUUUAGCGUGGCAAACAACAGAUUGACUGGCCAAGUUCCACAAUUCGGAAAUCGUACUUUUGGUCCAGAUAGCUAUGCGAAUAAUGCAGGACUAUGUGGUGGUCCUUUGCCUCCUUGCCGAGGUUCUUCAAAGAAAACUAACGGUGCAGCCAUUGUAGGGGCGGCUGUUGGUGGGGUGACUUUUGCAGCUUUCGUUGUUGGCUUUGGCAUGUUCUUCUAUUUGCGUAAAGUGUCCAGAAAGAAGAAGGAAGAAGAUCCUCUAGGCAACAAAUGGGCAAAGAGUAUCAAGGAUGUCAAAGGCAUCAAGCUAUCAAUGUUUGAGAAGUCAGUUUCUAAAAUGAAAUUAGGAGAUCUCAUGAAGGCUACUAAUGACUUCAGUAAAGAGAAUAUAAUUGGGUUGGGGAGAGCUGGGACAAUGUACAAGGCAGUGCUCGAAGAUGGCACCUUCCUCAUGGUGAAGCGACUGCAGGAUACUCAAUACCCGGAGAAAGAAUUUGUGUCUGAGAUGGCUACUCUAGGUAAUAUAAAACACCGCAACUUGGUUCCGCUUCUAGGUUUUUGUAUGGCUAAGAAGGAAAGACUUUUGGUUUACAAGUACAUGCCAAAUGGUAGCCUCCAUGAUAAGCUACAUCUUGUAAAAGAUGGUGGCGAACUUAUGGAUUGGCCUUUACGGCUCAAAAUUGGGAUUCUGGCAGCGAAAGGAUUUGCAUGGCUCCACCACAGCUGUAAUCCACGUAUUAUUCACCGAAAUAUAAGUUCCAACUGCAUCUUACUAGAUGCGGAUUAUGAACCCAAAAUAUCCGAUUUUGGGCUUGCUCGGCUCAUGAAUCCUAUUGACACUCAUUUGAGUACUUUUGUGAAUGGUGAAUUCGGGGACUUGGGUUAUGUUGCUCCCGAAUAUGCAAGAACUCUGAUGGCCACUCCCAAAGGGGACGUCUACAGUUUUGGAGUUGUACUUCUCGAAUUAGUAACAGGCGAGAAGGCAACCUAUGUGGCUAAAGCCCCGGAAAGCUUCAAAGGAAAUCUAGUUGAUUGGAUUUCUGAGCUGUCUAGGACCUCUGACCUUCACGAUGCAAUUGAUAAGUCCUUAGUCGGGAAAGGUCAUGAUAAUGCGCUUUUCCAGUUUCUUAAGGUUGCGUGUAGUUGUGUGCUGCCAGCUCCCAAAGAAAGGCCUACUAUGUUUGAAGUCUACCAGCUUUUGAGAGCUAUUGGACAACCGUAUAAUCUCACAACAGAAGAUGACAUCUUGUUGCCGUCGGACAAUGGAGAUGCCGAUCAAUUGGUCGAACUUAUCGUUGCUCGAGAUGUAUAGGAGAUCUGUUAAAAAUGCAAAUGAGAUAUAGUGGUGAUUGAAAUUGUAAUCGUACAUUGGCUUUUUUGAUUGAUUUUGUUUUGUUUAGAAUAAGGUUUGCAAGAUUUGGUUAAGAAUUCCUGUCAGCAGACAUACGAUAAUCUCUUACCUUAUAUGUAAAAAUUAUUAAUUUUCAGUCAGAUGAGUAUUGAUC